CAUUGCUCACCUUGCAUCCACCCUCCCACCGUCGUUCGGCUCCAUUCUGAUAACAAAUCGGCUCCUCUCACCUCCUGAGCUCCCAACCUCCCGACACACAGUUACAGAAAAACACACUUUUGCUCUUGCAACAUAGCCCAUCACUAGCACCUCACUCAACUUUUUUUCGCAACAAAAGUACCAGGUAAGCCCCUCAUUCUUCCUCCCUGCCCUCCCCGGCCUUGUCAAGAUCCAAAAGGGUAUUUUUAGACGUGCGACGAGCUCGUGGCCCAGCCAGAGCUUCCCCGCCGAAAUUGCCGGGCCCUCUCCUGUUCCUACUCUUCUGAAGCACUCCCCACUCGGGCAGUGCCCAACCUCAGACCUGCGAGUCUUGGCCCCUUAAAACCUUGAGCGUCCUUCUUCCGAAUAUCUUCUGACAAUCCACACCGGCUAGCAGCAUCUUCAACGAUCGCAUUAUACCAACUCGCAACAAUGUCUUCCCCCCAGGAUAAGGCCCAGGUCUACGUUGGCCAGCUCGACAAGGAGCUCUCCAAGUACCCCGUUCUCAUCAACCUCGAGAAGCAAACCGGUGUCCCCAAGGCCUACGCCGUCCUUGGCUCCGUCGCCCUCUACUUCUUCCUCAUCCUCCUCAACCUCGGCGGUCAGCUCCUGACCAACAUCGCCGGCUUUGUCAUCCCCGGCUACUACUCCCUCGGUGCCUUGUUCUCUGCCGACAAGCACGAUGAUACCCAGUGGUUGACCUACUGGGUUGUCUUCUCUUUCUUCACCGUCCUGGAGAGCUUCAUCAGCGUCGUCUACUGGGUUCCUUUCUAUUAUACCUUCAAGUUCAUCUUCCUUCUCUGGCUCUCUCUUCCUUCCUUCAAGGGUGCCGAGAUCAUCUUCCGCUCCUUCCUCGCCCCUACCCUCUCCCGCCACUUCCAGACCUCUGGCUCCACCGCCAGCGGCCUCCGCGCGAAGGCCGAUCUCCACACCGAGUAA